AUGGCCGCCGUGGCAUCGCAACCGCCGCAUGGUCAGCAAUACUACCAGCAACAAUCUCCCGUGGCAGCCUCGCCAGGCUCCGCACGCCGCCCUUCGCGACGGCCCAGUAAUGGCGCGUCUCCCAACACGCCCACGACGCCUCGCGCGCAGCCGCUACCCCAGUCGACACAAACCUCCCCGGCCAUGAACAACACGGCCACUUCCAUGGGCAGCGGGCCUAUGCCUCCGCCUAGGACAUCGUCGUCUCGCGCCCCACCUCCAUCCACAACAGCAGGGGGCUCGUCGCAAGCCGAUAGGGUACGUGACGAUACAGCGAGUGCAGCCGCCAAUGCAGCCCAAUCCCGACGCCGAGGGAAGGAUAGCCCACAUCAGCAAGGAAGCUCAAGCAGAUCGCAGCCGGGACACAGCCGGUCUGCCACGGCAGUCGGCCAGCCACCUACAGGCACCCACCUCCCCCGCGAAGAGAGCACCGUCAUAAACCGAAUCGUAGUCGCAGACCCCCAGGAAGAUAUUGCCCGCGAGCAGGCGCGGCAAGCUGAAGGAAUCCCCGCGUCGUCGGCCGCAGACCUUACCCCAAUCACAGGGCUCGGUCUAGUGGGCAGUGAGGGCGUCGACGAUGGCGGCCGAGGCGGCGGAAAGAGCAGACAGGACCACUCCAAGUCUGAAAACUCGGCCAAGCGAUCCAAGUUUGGCAACUACAUCCUAGGCCAGACGCUGGGCGAGGGUGAAUUUGGCAAAGUCAAGAUGGGCUGGAAAAGAGACAGCAGUGUCGAAGUCGCCAUCAAGCUCAUAAGAAGAGAAACACUGGGCGGCAACUCGAACCGGCUUCAAAAGAUCUACCGCGAAAUCCAUAUCCUGCGAGGGCUAGACCACCCCAAUAUUGUUCGAUUACACGAGAUGGUGGAGACGGAACGUCACAUUGGCAUUAUUCUCGAGUAUGCCUCGGGCGGAGAACUAUUCGACUACAUUCUCAACCAUCGCUAUCUAAAGGACGGCCCUGCACGGAAACUAUUCUCUCAGCUCAUUUCAGGCGUUGGCUAUCUACACAGAAAAGGCAUUGUGCAUAGAGACUUGAAGCUUGAGAAUCUGCUGCUAGACCGCAACAAGAACAUCAUCAUUACCGACUUCGGCUUCGCCAACACCUUCGACCCACAUGACGAGCUUAGCGAAGAGAUUGAGUAUCGACUAGGCGACAAGGACUAUAUAAGAUCCAUGGGAAUGGAGGGGAGCGACGGCGCUCGUCGCGGCGAUCUAAUGCAAACCAGCUGUGGAAGUCCAUGCUAUGCUGCGCCCGAACUGGUGGUUAGUGAUUCGCUGUACACGGGCCGUAAGGUGGACGUCUGGAGCUGUGGUGUCAUUCUGUAUGCCAUGUUGGCAGGCUAUCUCCCCUUCGACGACGACCCAGCCAAUCCCGAGGGAGACAACAUCAAUCUACUCUACAAGUAUAUCGUAUCGACCCCACUUACGUUCCCGGAAUAUGUCACACCGCACGCAAGAGACCUCCUCAAACGCAUUCUCGUACCAGACCCACGUAAGCGGGCGGAUCUGUUCGAGGUCGCACGCCAUAGCUGGCUGGCUGACUACUCCCAUGUCGUUGGCUUCAUCACAUCAAGCAACACCAACUCCACCGACGCUCAACAAGGAUCCGUCUACUCGAAAGACACAUUCGAACAACAACCGGCUCUCGCUCGGAGCGCUUCGGUCCGUGAACCCGCAAAACCGCACGCAGCGGCUUCACCUGCACAUGGCGGUCUCACUACCAAAAAGGAACAGAUCAAUCAGCCACCUUCAGAGAAGGCCAAGACCACUCGCGACAACAAACGUCGAACCGUUCAGGUCGAAUAUGUCGCGCCUCAAUCGCAGACUGUGCGAGGCGAGGCUUCACCUCCUGCUACCGAAACACCGCAAGCACGUGGAAAAGAGGCGCAGGUUCCACCCACGGAUGGUUAUCAAUCGUCCACAAGUGCCCGACCAAGCCGCUCUGCUGGUGGAACUGGUACGGCUGCUCCAGCCCGACCGGGACGAGAACCGCAACGAUCAGUCUCCGACUAUUCAGCUUUUGGUACCGCCCCUGUGACCACGGCGCGGCCUUCAACGGGUGGCACGCUCGGCCCAAGACUUCCUUCGCGAGGAAACUCUUACGGCAUGCCCUCCGUGGCAACUGUCGCUCAGACUAAUGCUGAGGGCCGCUUCUCACAACCAAAGGGCCAGCAGUACUCCAUCUCGGCUCCAUAUGCUCAAGCAGAGUCUUCUGGUGUCGCACAGCCGAGCAUUGGACAGCCGAGCACGCAACGAGGGCAGUCGAUUCAGCUGGGACCGUCAGGCGCACAUGCCAAGGGCCACAGGCGGUCGAAUACAGUUACCGAGACUCUUGGGCGUAUGACAUCCAUGUUCUCAGGUCGUCAACCUUCGUAUACCCAAGAUCCCAAAGAGUCUUUGACAUCGCAAAGCUCGUACGCGAAUCAUCCUGAGGAGAAGAAACAAAAGAGCUACCCUCCCACCUCUAUGCCAGGACCCAUAUCCAAUGAACCUAUAUCAGCACACAGGCAGAGUACAGAAUCCGGCCGCCGCACUUCGUUUGGCUUCUCGCGCAAGAACACCAAUAACUCUGGCGAAUCGAAACCAUCCCGUAGAUUCUCGCUCCUUCCAUCCUCUCUCUCAAAGACAUUUACCUCCCAACGAGACAGUAUGCCCGCAACCUCUCACAGCGAACGCCGCGGCUCCAAUGCCCGCCCUAGAGCUGGGUCCAAGCCUGGUGGGGCAUUUGGACGCGGCGCGGAGAGCAGGUCUCCUAGUCAGAGUACCACGGGCAGCAAUAUCCCUGGCUUCUAUGAUGGUCAGCACGAUAGUAGUAGCAGGAUAAGGAACGCGAAUACGAAUGCUGCUGGACCGUCAUCCGCCCCCGCAGAUCGAACGCAAUUUGAGGCCUACGGCAACCAGGCUCCGAUUGGAGACGAGAAGUUCCCUAAUCCUCGGGACCCCCAUCCGAGCAUGCAAAAUCGGUCGUACAGACAGCACCCGAACAACUCCGAGGUCAGUGAGACCUUUGCACCUGGACCGUCGUCGCAGUCGCAGUCAUUAGGGCCACAACGUAGCGCGUAUCCACAGGGUAUGGGCGGGGACGAGUCGCCACAGCAGCAGCAAAGAAAGGGCGUUCUCCAGAAGAGUAGGAAGUUUGCUGAUGCGUACGAUGAGCAGAGUGGAAACAAGGGCAGUUCAGGGAGCUCAAAGAAGGUCAUGGACUUUUUCAGACGCAUGGGCAGGCAGAGGACUGGGGGCCGGUAG